AUGCUGUCCAAGCAUCUCAAGGUCGCCUUGACCAUUCUCAGUCUUUCGCUCGUGGCUACCGCCUCCACUCCCCGCCAUUUGGUUCGCCGAGGAGACCCCGAGUCUUACUGCCCUAGCUUUGGCGACAUCACAGAUGACGAGCGCCUAUCUCUCUUCAAUGCGUUCACUCAAAUGCUCUUCGACGCAGCAAACAAUAAGGAUGCAGAUGAGGUCGGCCUUGCAUUCUCGAAAUAUGUGUCGCCUGAAUUGAUCGAGCAUACCGCGUCUGCCAGCAGUUACGGUGCCGAUGUGGGCUUCCUCUCAACAUUGCUGCCCGGCACCACCGUUACUCCUAUCGGCGGGCUGAGCGGAUGCUUUAAUUCGACAAAUGGAGAUCCAAUUUGCACCAUCCACUACGCCGCCAGACCAGACGGUUCAUCCUCGCUCAUUCCGAAUGUCACUGCUAUUUCGGAUUUUUACCGCUAUGACGGUUCUUGCAUUGUAGAGCACUGGGACUCCACCUACAUUGCGAGUGCCACGACCACGAACCCCAACUUCCCUGGCUCUCCCUAG